GGCCGGGCGGCGGCGGAGGAGGUGCGCGGCCAUGGGCUCGCGCGCGCCGCACGCGCUGGUGGACACCACGCCCGCCAAGACCAUCGUGGUGUACCGCAACGGGGACCAGUUCUACGUGGGCCGCAAGUUCGUGCUGUCGCGGCGCCGCGUGGCCACCUUCGAGGCGCUGCUAGAGCAGCUGACCGAGCAGGUGGAGGUGCCGUUCGGCGUGCGGCGCCUCUUCACGCCGACGCGCGGUCGCCCGGUGCUGGAGCUGGACUCGCUGCAGGCCGGCGGCAAGUACGUGGCGGCCGGGCGCGAGCGCUUCAAGAAACUGGAUUAUAUUAAUAUAGUUCCCAGAAAGCCUGCAAAGAUGAGGAAGUUGAAGGAAAUCAAACCGGUGGUUCACUGUGGCAUGAGCGUGCCUUCCAGGUGGCAGACCUUCCAUCGCACAUCCCGACAAAUAAAUGUUUUCACAAAUGGAAGAUUAUUUAUUCCACCUGUAAAGAUUAUUAUACCCAAAUUCAGCCUGACAGAGUGGAACAGCGUGCUGGCCAUGGUUGGGGAGAAGGUCUUCCCUCUGGGAGGCGUUAGAAAACUGUUUACAAUGAAUGGACAUCUUUUGGACAACUCUAAGGAUUUGCAAGACAACCAUUUUUAUGUGGCUGCGGGACUGGAAGCCUUCAAGAAUUUCCCUUACUGGAAGUCCCUGAAGGUGCCGAGUGAAGUCCAACAAAAGUACACAGACAUGGAGAAACAUUCCCGAAGAAAGAAAAAAGAGGAUCCCAAGGUGAAAGACACUCAUAAACAGGACAACGUUUCACCCAAAGCACAGGAUUCUGUGUUUUAUGCCAAAGAAGGAAAAAAGAAACCAAAGGCAGAACCUUUAAUCCAGAGUGGGGCAGAUGGUGACGUGUUUAAAGCGCAGACUCCUAACCAGGAGACCCAAGGAGCCCCGGAAGUCAAGGAGGCCCCAGACGUGCGUGUGGAGCUGCCUGUGGACGGGACACCAGCCGAGAUCGUCAAAGACGCUGAAGAGACAAACAGACACACUGAUUUUGAAGGCAACAGGGAAAAAGAAGAUGAAAAUCUUUAUGAAGAUAAUGAAAGGAAGGUUUGUAUCAACAGAUUCUGUAGUUUUGUGUUUCCUAUUCUGAAGACAUACCUUACAAGAUAAUCAAAGGAUUCCCAAACCUUGUCAGGUGCUUCUUAGAAUAUAACAUCUGCGUCUCCAUCAUCCACCAUAGCUCUGUUCCCUAGAGGCAGAAAACCAACUCAGAGGAAAGGAAAUGUGAAGACAUUUCAAGCAGGUGGAUGGAUCCGCUGUAAAAGCAAAUAAAAACAGGGGAGGGAAGACUCCUAAUUUAGGGUCAUGUAUCAGGAGACGCCUCCCCCCU